AUGAAAGUAAAAGUCUGAUGGUGGGAGUACUGAUAAUAAACUGUUCCAUGGAGAGGCUCAGCCAGCAAAGUCAUGACGGACAGAAACUGAACUUAGUUCAUCCUCAAACAUUUAUGGAGUUUGGUGUAAACAAGUGCACAUGAAACCUGGAAACAGACUCAGGGAAGCAGAAGGUGAAUGACCAUUUAACCUCAGAACAACUCAGUCUGACCUCUGACCUUUGUAUCCCACAUAAGGUGUUUAUUCAAAAAAUAUGUUUUUUCUCAGAGUUAAAAGUUUGAAGUGGAGCAGGCGGCCACACAACCUCCACACCCUCAUUGUUCCUCAUCUACCUUAAUCAUAAAUCAGGUGUCAACAAAGCACCUGAACACACAGCAGCACGAAUGGCAUCCGGCUGAAACUGUGCAUCAUCUACCAGCAGCGCGUCUCACAAAUCAGACUGUGGCAACAUCUCAGCACCACUAACAAGGAGUCACACAAUACAAUAAAUUUUUUAAAGGGAGAAAAAUGUUUUUGUGAAUGUAGUUUAGAAACUGUUUCUGAAAAUGAUUCCCCAGAAGAGACCAGGAUCAUGACCGCAAGGGCUUUGAGAAGACUAAUUAUCUUAUUUUAGUUGAGUCAUUGUUUGACAUGCGGGGUGGGGUAGGCUCCUUUUAAAAAGGGAUGGAACAAAAGACUUCUGUGGGCUCUAAUAGGCCAUGAGGCACAUACCACUACCAGCAGCUCUAUGUUGUCUUCUCCAGGUGUGUUUUGAUUUUAACCUGUGAUUUAUAGCUGACAGGUGAUGCCCCGCGGGAGCUGACAGCAAGUCAGACCGGCUCCACCGCCCAGAAUCCAGCCUCAGCCUCAGCUACGGCAUCUUUUCUCAGCAGAACCAGGACAGUGUGCAGUCAUGCUCACAUGGCUUCUGCUGUACACAUGUCAAAGCUUCUUUUCAUGUGUGAACCAAAAGUGCAGAGGGUGAAACAACCGGACCGAACCUCGCACUGUGGGCGAUGUGGAUCCUACUGAACAUUCCGGUCUUCUUCACAGUGGAUUUAAGCCUUUUCACUCAUUGGAUGAUUUGAAGGACACACGCAAGUUGUACACUGCAUGAACAACAAGAGAAGCAUCCAGGUUUUCUUUCUGGACAUUACUCUGGAUUACAGUGUCUGUCAGUUUAUGUGCAGGUGACGGGUGGGAUUUGGACAUGAUGGACCCCACGUGACUUGUAUCUUCAUCGAUCUGGAGACGAACAGUGUGGUCGUAAGACUGAGGCGGGCUGUGAGUCUGAGGAAGAUGAUGGUGAUGAUGGUGAUGGUCCUGCUGGACUUUAUAACUGAUGUCUGGAUGCUGUUGGCCCCCAGUGGCGUCUCCAUGGAGUCCGUAGACAUGAGGCACACACUGAGGUGGCGCCCCCUGCAGGCUCCCUGCAGCACCACAAUCCUCUACUUCGUCCAGUUCCAGGGAGAGUUUGAGCAGAUGGUCCUGAAUGGCAGCUGGGUGGACGCCCCUGAGUGCCAGCAAAUUCCUCACACUCACUGUGACUUGACCUUUGACCUGGGCUCUGACUCUGACUACAACCUCCACGUCAGAGCUCAGUGUGGGUCCCAGCUCUCAGCCUGGUCCCAACUCGGCCGACCCUUCAACCGCAGAGACACGGUCCUGACGGUGCCGGAGAUGACGGUGACGGCAGCGGGCGACGCUCUCCACGUGUUGUUUGGUCAGUUUCCUCUCACUGCUGUUGUCAGCGUGACCGUGUGGAAGAGCGACAACGAGCUGCAGGCUGCUGUCUACACAGUGCCAGCGGAGCAGAAGGCGCUGCACAUCGCCGCCCUGCAGGAAGGAGCCCAGUACUGCGUCAGAGCUCAGACUGUCCUGGGCUCACAGCUCCACAGCAACAGCACCAAGGCUCACUGCGUGUCCAUCAUAGGUGGAGAGGGCUCGGGGAUUCUGGAAAAAAACUCCCCGCUCCCCUGA